AAUAUAUCGCGAUCUGAAGCCAGAGAAUAUUCUACUCGAUUCGGACUAUCACAUACGGUUGAUUGAUUUCGGCCUUUCCAAGUGGCUGUGUAUUGGGUCCAGGACUACGACGCUCUGUGGGACUCUUAAAUAUAUGGUGUGGGAUUUGACACGUUAUACCAAAAUGGCGUACACGGCUUUCGCACCUCGCACUUUAUCACAAACCGUUUAGUUCGUACGCGAUUCUUAACCAUGACAUGCCAGUGACGCCGUCACGAUGAACGCGCGCGAUUUCAACUUCGAAAUCGCCAUGGACGGUAGCCAAGUAGACGAGGUGGUUGCCAGUAUCUUUCAUACAGUGCUAUUCCAUCGAUCGAGCGGCAAAUUCACCUACAACAACGAGGAGAGUUACUCCAUACGAACCGUUAAUUACGUAGACGUUGACUGCGAUUUCAUUGACUUCACGUACGUCUGUUGCGCGUCUGAAUCGCUCGCUCGGAAGCUCAAAAGGGAGAUAUCGGCCUUUUCGAAACUCCUGCGCACGAUUGACGGCAAACCGUCCCCCGCUAAGGGCGAAAUAAGUCUCGAGUUCUUCCAAAAACACCGGACCAGAUGGUUCCUACCGACGUACGUGCCCGUUCCUUGGGAAAUAUGGCGCGUGAGUUGUGAAUUGACCGAAUCGGGCCAGGAUAUGCAUAGACACGAGAGCGUAGUGGAAAUGCUUCAGGACCAAAUAGUGUUUAUCACAGAGAUAAUAAACCGACACGAGUACGUACCCAAGAUGCCUAACCGGUCGGACGCGGAUCUCAUAUUCGACACCUCGUACCCGGAUAUUCAACCUUAUCUCUUCGCGAUAAAGUAUAAGCUACCGGAAACAGAGUCGAGUACGGUCAGCAACACAGUUCGUAAACUCAUCAGGGACACCCUGUAUUUGUGAUUAUACGCUUGGUGAUUUUGUAUAUUGACAAUAAUUUUGUUUCGUAGUUUGACUUGAAAUGGCUAAUUAUUUGUCAUCGAUUAAAUUUGUAAUUGUGAUAUAUUUUAAUGAUUUAGAUAAUCGAAUUUCGGCUAUAAGUGUGAGUCGAGAAAUUUAUUUAAUGUACUUAGUUAAUAGACAUUGAAAUAGUUAUAUUUUUAUUUCUUUAUCCGCCCCUAAGUUAAUAGUGAAUUAGUUAAACAAUAGUCAUUGAAAGCUGGUUGUUGUGUCCAUUUUACGUUUAUUUGAUCCUAACAUUUUAGGGUUAUCAAAUAUUUUUAAGUUAUAUCGGCACGUAUUUUGGGUAGGUUUUUUUGCGUCUUUAAGUAGUAAACAUCGCGAUUAAUACGCGACUACUGAGGCCUAUACGAACGUUUGGUUGUGAUAAAUUGAUUAUGUGGAUGAUGUUCAUACAAUUUGUAUGAACGUUUAGCUCAGGUUUAGCUCCAAAUUCGGCCAGGGACGCUACUCAAAAUGUUCUAUUUCUAUAUAACCUAUCUUUAUUAUCUAUGAAUUGCAUCUAUUACAAUUAGAUGGACUGUAUUUAACUGAGUCUUAUAAACCAUAACAUUUUUUUCUAAACAAAAAAUAGACCAUAGACAAAAAAAACUUACGUAUACUCCAAAAAGUGUUUCGUCCGUACUAAGGCGUAUUCUUACCAAGCUACGUGCUGAACUGUAAAAGUAGAAAUAAAAAAAACAAAUGAUAUUUUAUAAGUUUUAUCCGUUGACAUAAAUAAAGAUUUUCAAACCAUUCAGACAUUAAAAUAUUGUAAGCAGUUUUUGACCAUUUUUUUUGACGAUUACGUGGAUCAAUAAUAAAUCUUUCGGUUUCGGCAAUAAUUCUAUAAAAAAAACUUAACAAAAUCCCGAAAAAAGUUGCGGCAAAUUCUCCAUAACUAAUGACUAACAAAAUUAGGUUAUAAUAAGCCUCGAAGAACCACCGAUUUCUAGGUGGAGAUUUAACCGCAAUUUUUAGCUGACCCUAGUAGGUGAAAUAGAAUUAAUGCAGCUACAUAUAAAAUAUAGUGUAUAUAGAAGUGUAAAUAUAUUUUUCUCAUUCAAAUUAAUGGUUUAAUAUGAGAGCUUUAUAAUGCUUAUAUGUAUAUUGUAGACUUUUCUCGGUAGGCUAUUUUAAAGUGUGAUAAUUUUAAUAUAAGAUGGUGCAUGGAUAGAAAGUGUAGGAGAAAAGAGAAAAUAUAAAAAAAAUCGUGUGUUCUACAGUGAAACUUUAUUAGAUUUAUUACUAAUUUUAAAUGUAUAAAUAGUUAUUUUCUUAUGUAACGCCAUGGGUUGGCCCGUAUUUCAAACGUCAAUGUCAAUGUCAAAUGACUGUGAAAUUCCGAUUAUUUUUUAAAAAUUAUUUUUAAAAAUUGCCUUCAUUCGGAUACUAGAUAUAUUAGAUAGUAUUUAGUUACAUUAAGUCCAAAAUAAAUACACGACGUCUUUCUCAUAUUCGCUAGUCUUCUCCACUCUCUUUUAUUUCAAAAUUAAUCGAUUAACAAAAUGGCGGGUGUCUAUUGGGUUAGGAUGGUUCUACUAAUUGUUCAGUUUGUCUAAUUAUGGAAAACGAAUACGUACGUGAAACGAAACGUUUUGCACGACUGUGAUUGGUUUAGAGCCACACUCGAUCAAUGAUUUGUCUUUUUAAGUUAAUUAAUAAUAAAUAUAUUUACGUUUGAAUUACAGGCUGUACCUUUUUUAAUAUAGAAAGUACAUAUAUUUAAUUUAACUAAUUAUCCGCCCUUGAGCUAUAUGCUAUUAUUUUCAUCUUUAAAUUUAUGAGUUCUAAUGGCGUCAACUAAGUGCUAAAAUUGCGCUUAUGGUAGUUUAAGUUAACGAACUUAUAGUAGAACUACAUUAAAAACGAAGAUGAGAUUUGUUUAUAAUUUUCUAUAGUAUUGUUCUAUUGCAAAACUUUCGAAUUGUUAACACUUAACUUAAAAAAAAGUUUUAAAGUAUCUGUAAAUACACAUGUUUAAUGAUUUUUUUAUUGAAACUUCAAAUUUAUCAAUGAAAAAAAAAGAUCAUUGUAGGAUUCGAUAUAUCUUCGUCUUAAAAAAAUUGGCAUUUUAUUGUCGCCAUUUUGAUUAAGGAUUCAGUUGACUUACCUUGACAAAAAGUCUUUUAUGCCUUCAAUU